UUAGUGUGUCCGGGAAAACACUCGGAGAGCUGGGGAAACCAGAGAAGGGAGUGCAGAGUGGAGCGCAGUCCCAGCUCAACCUGCAACCAGGGAGCAGGAGCGCCGGCUGUGGGGUGGAGCUCGCGUCCUGCUCCCCCGGCCUUUCAUCACCGGGCACUUAAGAGCCAGAGCAGAAGGGGUGAGUCCCGGAGCUGUGCCCCACGCAGAGCUGCCCGGUCCCACCCCAGGUCUUCCCCGCCAUGACCUGGCCGGUGCUGCUGGGUGCACUACUGUGCACAAUGCGCGUCGGAUCAGGCACCCCGGACUCCGAGGGCUUCUUACCCCUUGCGCCCCAUAACUGCCCCCACAAAUGCAUCUGCGCUGCCGACCUGCUGAGCUGCGCCGGCCUUGGGCUGGAGGACGUGCCGGCGGUGUUACCUGCGGCUGCUGCUCAACUCGACCUGAGCCACAACGCGCUCCAGCGCCUGCGCCCUGGCUGGCUAACGCCCCUCUCCCAACUGCGAGCCCUGCGCCUGGGUCACAACGAACUGGAGGCACUGGGUCGCAGUGUCUUCACCAAUGCCAGCGGCCUGCAGCUUCUCGAUUUAUCAUCGAAUGCGCUGCGGGUGCUCGGCCGCCACGACCUGGAAGGGCUGGGGGCGCUGGAGACGCUGUUUCUGUUCAAUAACCGCCUGGCGCACUUGGACCGGCUUGCCUUCCAGGGCCUGGGGGCACUCCGCCUGCUCUACCUGGGCUGCAACGAGUUGGCAUCCUUCUCUUUCGACCGCCUGCAUGGUCUGAGCGUGACCCACCUCCGCACUCUGGAUCUCUCCUCCAACCGCCUGGGACAAAUCCCCGUACCCGACCUGGCUGCACUGCCGGCCUUUCUCAAGAACGGCCUUUACUUGCACAACAACCCACUGCCCUGCGACUGCCGCCUCUACCACCUGCUGCAGCGCUGGCACCAGCGGGGACUGAGCGCUGUGAGUGACUUCGCACACGAAUACAUGUGCCUGGCUUUCAAGGUCCCCACCUCCCGCGUGCGCUUCUUUGAGCACAGCCGCGUCUUCGAGAACUGCUCGGCUGCCCUGGCUCGCGGCCUAGAGUGGCCCGAAGAGCAGCUGCAGGUGCAGGUGGGUGGGUCCCUGAGGCUACACUGCAACACCAGUGCCCCCGCCCUGCACGUUGCCUGGGUCUCACCCCAACAAGAGCUGCUGGUGGCGCCAGGAUCCCGCAAUGGCAGCAUUGCGGUGCUGGCUGAUGGCAGCCUGGCCAUCAGAAGAGUGCAGCCAUGGCAUGAGGGUGUCUUUGUGUGCCUGGCCACGGGGCCCCGCCUGCAUCACAACCAAACGCAUGAGUACAAUGUGAGCGUGCACUUCCCGCACCCUGAGCUCGAGGCUUUCAACACUGGCUACACCACGCUGCUGGGCUGCGCGGUCGGCCUGGUGCUGGUGCUGCUCUACCUGUUCGCACCACCCUGCCCUGGCUGCCGCCGCUGCUGCCGCCGCACCUGCCGCUGCCGGCCCAGAGCACCCAGCCCACUCCAGGAGCUGAGUGCACAGUCCUCGGUGCUCAGCACCACGCCGCCCGACGCACCCAGCCGCAAGGCCAGUGUCCACAAGCAUGUGGUCUUUUUGGAGCCGGGCAGGAGGGGCCUCAAUGGUCGUGUGCAGCUGGCAGUAGCUGAGGACUUUGAUCUCUACAACCCCAUGGGUCUGCGGUUCAAGGUUGGCUCUGAGUCCACUAGUUCCACAGGCUCUGAGGGGCUGGUGAUGACCUAGGCUGCCCAGGGCUCCCAUCCAGGCCACCGCCUGCCUGCUGCUUGCCCUGCUCCCUGCUGCCACGCACAGUACUACCAGCUGCUGGGGGGAAGCACUGGGCUAGUCCUCUGCCUACACCACAGUGGCCCCACUCACCAGUAGAGGGGUUGGGGUCCCUGACCACUCUCCAGCGUCGCCUCAGCACAGGGCCUGCUUGGGCCCCCUUUCCUUGGGACGUGAGGAUUGG